CACAACGAGGAGAAGCCGCAGUGAUCGAACUUCUGCAACGAUAGCAACAACGGAAUUCUAUAGGGUUACUGUACCGGUGUAGAUUGAAAGGAUAACAGAAACUAGUUGCUCAGCAAUGGAGGGUGACUGCCUCAGCUGCAUGAAGUACCUGAUGUUCAUCUUCAAUUUCCUCAUCUUUUUAGGAGGCUCCUUCAUGCUGGCUCUUGGUGUUUGGGUUCUGGUGGACCCGAUGGGCUUCAGAGAAAUUGUGGCGGCCAAGCCCCUUCUGUUCACGGGCGCCUACGUCAUCUUGACCAUCGGAGCAAUGUUGUUCCUGCUGGGCUUCCUGGGCUGCUGUGGAGCCAUACGCGAGAACAAAUGUCUCUUACUUUUUUUCUUCAUGUUCAUCCUUAUCAUCUUCCUGGCUGAGCUGGCAGCUGCCAUACUGGCCUUCUUCUUCAGGGAGCAUUUAACCAGAGAGUAUUUCACUCGGGAGCUAAAGCACCAUUAUCAAGGUUAUAACACCACUGAUGUCUUCACCUCUACAUGGAAUGCCAUCAUGACCACAUUUGACUGUUGUGGAGUAAGCGGCCCUGAGGACUUUGAAGUGAGUCUAUUCAGGUUCGUCAACCCCAAUAAGAUGACGCCUGAUGCCUGUUGCCAGGAGAGCAGCUACCAAGGACACAUGGAGUAUAUCAGCAUGUUGCAGUGUGUUAGUGGAAACCCUGCCUUUCAGAACAACAAGGGCUGUUACUCUGCAAUGAUGGAUUCCUUUGAGACAUACCUUUACACAGCAGGAGCAUUCGCCAUUGUGGUGUUGACGAUCGAGCUCUUCGCCAUGCUGUUUGCAUUGUGUUUAUAUUGCGGCAUCCGGUAGUGCACAGAGACCCAAAUGCACAGCAAACACGACAAGGCCACAGGCUGAUGAAGGAAGAAACAAUUGUAAAAUAUCCAUUCAUUCAUUUUCAAAACUGCGUACCCCGUUCAGGGUCACGGGGAGUGCCGGAGCCUAUGCUAGCUGACAUCGAGCGAAAGGCAGACUGAACUGUUCGCCGGCCAAUCAGAGGCCACACACUCACACCUACAUGCACACCGCCACUGAACGGGAAUCGAUCCCAUGCUGCCUGCACACAAGUCAGGCGUGUGUUCAGCAACAUACAGUAAAAUUUGACAUGUGUUUAUCCAGUGAUUUUCCGUGUGUCUGAGCAAUUUUGUGACGUCAUUUUGUAGUUGACAAGUAGAGGCUUAGAGCACAGGAAGUAGUGGGUAACUGUCUGCACAUUUUACUGUAAAGUAAUGCUUAAAUUUUAUGCCUCUGAGUUUAAGUACAAACUCAACUUUGGAACGUUAUGUAAAUUGCAGAUGUGAUUCAAAUCAGUGAAAUGACAAAGGUCCAGGAGGACGUUUUGCCUGGCUACAAACCCACACAGACUGGCUGAUGGACCUCAGUUUACCACUGGUGGUGUUUUUAGCACAACACACUUAACAGUAUAUGGCUUACAAGAAUGUUCUGUGAUAAAGUUUUUGAGGGAUGACAGGCAAUGUAGGUGGUUCACUGUCUCUGCCGUUCUAUUGCUGCACAUUGAAACCGCAUCUAAUUAAAACUUUUCAUUUUUGUUGAUAUUUCACACCUACUCAGAUCAAAAGCAUGUUUUUGCGAACAAUGGAGAAAUAAUUUAAUAAUAUUUGUAUUUUUUUUAUUACUUUUAUCAUCAUAUUUUUUAUUAUAUAUUUUGAUUUUAUGUAUUAUUUUAUUAUUAUAUCUUUUAUUAUUAUAUAUUUUAUUUCAUAAUAAGAUAAUAAUUCACUUGAUGAAUCCGGGUCAGGUAUAGGACAGAAAUAAAUUGUUUAUGGAGGUUUGUAAAUGAGUUGGAGUUUGUGUCAGGACCUUCAGGUAUUAAAUGUUUUUUGGUUUAAUUCUGAUAAAGAUUUUAAUUAUCCUGAUGAUGCUGGUGUGCGCUCGUACAGUAAAGCCUGUGUAUCUUUCUACAGGGUGUCUUGAGUUAAGUAUUGUACUUUCCAAGGAGCUCUAAUCACAUUUGUCCAUUUUCUAUGCAUGUUUAAACUGUAAAUUAAUGCAGCAUUAAAGUGAUGUGUUAGAGCGG